UUCACUUCUAUUCAGUUCUAUUCGGUACUAUUCAGUUCUUUUCAGUUCUAUUCAAUGUACUGUGAACAAAAAAAUCACGAUGUCAGACAGUAUUAAAGUAGCUAUCAAAGUUAGACCGCUGAUUAAGCGGGAGAAGGAUGAAAAUUUGCCAAUACAGUGGAUGACUCAAGAAAACAGCAUUAUGGCCAUCGACGCAGAGAUAAAGAAGCGAGGCGACGGUAGAUUCACAUUCGAUCAUAUUUUCGAUAUGGAUGCCAGUAAUAAAGAUGUCUUCGAUAGUAUUGUAAGGCCUAUCGUUGAUGCUACUGUAAAUGGAUUUAAUGGUACAGUAUUUGCUUAUGGACAGACAAGUUCUGGUAAAACAUAUACUAUGAUGGGUACUUCAGAAGAGAUUGGCGUAACACCUUUGGCUAUUGAACAUAUAUUUGAUGCCAUAGCCAAUACUCCAGGACGGGAAUUUUUAUUGAGGGUAUCUUAUUUAGAAAUUUAUAAGGAAACAGUCAAUGAUCUCUUAACUAAAGAUGAAAUAGAUUUAAAAGUACAUGAAGAUGCAAAUGGUCAAGUAUUUGUAAAUUGUAAAGAAGAGGUUACAAAUUGUCCAGAAAAUGUUCUAUCAAUCAUGCAUAAAGGUAAUAAAAAUAGAAGAAUAGGUAAAACAAAUAUGAAUAAGCGAAGUAGCAGAAGCCAUACGAUAUUUAGAAUUACAAUUGAGAGUCGGGAAGCUGGUGCUGAUUCAGAUGGUGCGAUACAAGUAUCACAAUUGAAUAUGGUAGAUCUUGCUGGUUCAGAAAGAGCACGACAAACAGGUGCUACUGGAGAACGCUUUAAGGAAGGACGUCAUAUAAACUUAUCUCUUUCCACAUUAGCAUUAGUAAUUAAACAAUUGAGUGAACCACAAGAAUCUCAAAAAUACGUAAAUUUCCGAGAUAGUAAAUUGACACGAUUACUUCAAGCUUCUUUAGGAGGCAAUGCAAUGACAGCAAUAAUAUGUGCGAUAACACCAGCCGCACUAGAUGAAACUCAGUGCACUUUGUCAUUCGCAUCGAGAGCCAGAAAUGUGAAAAAUAAGCCUCAACUGAAUGAAGUCAUGUCCGAUGGUGUACUUUUGAAACGUUAUGCAAAACAAAUAGAUAAAUUACAUGCAGAAUUAGAGAAACUGAAACAAUUUGCUCCAGCUGACUUUCAAGAAAUGGAGUUCAGAAUACAAGAGAAGGAUCGUAUAAACCAAAAUUUGGAAAAACGUAUUCAAUUGUUACAAACCAAGAUAGUCCAUGGGGAUACUCGCAACAAUCACGAAACAUUUAAGAGUAGAGAAAAAAGGCGACAGACUUGGUGUGGCACUGGUGCAUCUAAACUUAAUACAUCUGUUCCAUCAUGGAUGAAUUUAACGCCAAUCGAAGAAAUGUCACCUUGCAAAUUGCAUAAUAGAAAAUCUACUGAUUUGAUGGAUAUGAUGGCUGAUACAUCAUUCCAAAUUGUUUACCAGUUAGCCGAUUUUGAAGUGGAACUUAUGAAAAGUGAAGAGGCUCGCGACACAGAAAAUGAUAGCGACGAUGAUUUUAUUACGUAUCGUAGACAGAAUCGUGUUAAAUUUAAAGAUGAUGUAAUUAUUCACAAACCACUCGUAAACAACGACAGCUAUAAUAGCAUACCGGAGAAAAUUGACACUUCUACUCAGACUACAAGUCUACAAUCUCCUGACACCCCAAAACAAACUUUACGGGACAAGAUUCACCAUUUGUCAAAAGAAUAUUCACAACUCAAAGAGUUCACAACAUUGGAGAAGCAACUGUUUAUUGAGGACUAUAAUUGCGAAACGAAAGAAAAACUUACCAAGCUUUCAACAUUAGAAAAGCAGUUAGAAAAUAUAACAUCUGAUAAGGAUGCUUUCGAACAUAUAGCAGCCAAGCUUCGUAAAGCGUUAACUGCAGCUGAAAUGCGUUAUGCUUCAGCAGAAGAUCAAUUAAACGCGCAAGUAACAGAAUUACAAAGGAUACCAUAUUUAGAAGAAAAGAUAGCGCAAUUGACGGCACAGGAAAUGGAAGUGCAGAAUAUUCCAGAACUACAAAAACAAGUAGCUCUUCUUACAGCUGAAAAGGAUGGAUAUGAACAUAUCGCAUCUGAAUUGCGAAGAAAACUUAAUGAAGUAGAACAACGUAGUGUUUUAUUAGAAAAUAAAUUGGCAAUGCAAAAAAAUCACAUUAGCGAUACAGAGGAAUCAUUUAUACAGUCUUUGUCGAAAAAUGAAAAUGUGCAACAAAUAGAAACGGAAUUAGAAACCCAAAAUAUUACUAUUUUUGAAUUACAAGAAAAGUUAAAAGAAGCGGAAUUGUGUAAUAACUCAGUCAAGGAGAAAUUCAAUGUACAACAGAUGGAAUUACUAAAGACUAUUGACGAGCAAAAGAAGUACAUCGAGAACUUCGCGAUUGAAAGAAGCAAAUUAGAAGUUUCAGUUCGUGAGCUACAAGAAAAAUCUAGGGAAACCGAACUGUAUAAUAAUUUGCUGAAGGAUAAAAUAAAUGAGCAAGAAUCGCAACUGCAGACAACUCAUGACCUGAAAAAGGAGAUUGAGUACCUUACAUUAAAAUGGAAAGAAUCUGAAGGUACGAUUAACGAAUUGCAAGAAAAACUGAUCAAAGCUGAGCAGUGUACUUCUGCAGAAGCUGGACAAAUACAAAAAAUUCAGGACCUAGAAACACAGAUUACAAAACUGAUGUCUGAAAAAGAGGACUGUGAACAAGCGUUUAUGAAAUGUAAAUCAAAUUUGGAAACGAGUCAGAAGGAAGACGCAUAUUUAAAAGAACUAGAAUCUACGAAAUCAAUGACGUUGGAUCACGAUUGCGAAAAUAUAUUAUUAAAUAGCGAUUCGUCGAAGGUGUUAGAGGAUUCAUCGAGAAUAUCUUUCGAAGAAGAUAGUGGAAAGUUAUCUGCUGAUCUUCUUUUGAAAAAUCAGGAAUUAGACGAAAUAAAAAACGAUGUGCAAAGUUUGAAAGCGGAUAUAGAAAAUCUACAAAAAACUGUAUAUUUGUUAACAACCGAGAAUAGUGAAUUGGCGAAUAAAUUAACAGAAGAGAAAGAAUGUGCCGAAAAAUCAGCUGCCCAUUUCCAACAAACAAUUGAUGAACUUUACGUGCGAAAUUCAAAGAUAACAGAUGAAAAGUUCAAUCUUGAAAAUAACUUAGCGCUUCUUAACGAGCAGAUUGAAACUCUUCGUUCGAAGACGCCUGAACAAAAUUUGAGCGAAGAACAGAUUAAUUUGAAACACGAAGAACGGAUUAAUACAUUAACAGUCAAAAAUGCAGAAUUAUUAUCUAAUAUCGCAGACACUAUGAAAGAACUCGAAACAUUAAAGGAAAGUAAGUCACUUCUGUAUGAACACGAUUGUAUGUACAAGGAUAGAUUAACUAAUCUAGUAGAAAAACACGAAUAUUUGACAAUGGAAAACAAUGAACUUUCCACUGAUUUAAUGUGCAAAAUCGAAGAGAAUGAUGGAUUAAGACAGGAAUGUAAUAUUUUAAAAAAUAAACUAGAAUUAUCACUGAAAAAUAAGGAGGACAUUAAUGACAAUCAUGUAGAACAACUGAAAACAGAGAAUACUCUGUUAAAAACCGAACUGAUGGAACUGAAAGCUAAUGUGAAAAUUUUAACCGAAGAAAACUCGAAAAUGUCCAAUCAGUUAAUGGAGACUUUAGAAGAUCUAGAUAAUACGCGAAAAACUAAUUCUUGCAAUAACGACUUUAAUUCGUCGUUGCUCAAUAUCUCAAUAAUGAACGAUACAAUGGAUAAAACUAUGGAGGACACUGCCGAAACGAAAAUCUUAAAAUUGCAAGAGGAAGUUAAUAAUCUCACGCGUCUUAAUAGAAAGCUCAGCGAUCUAAAAUCAAGUGCCUGCACUGAGUGUGUCCACCUGAAGGAAUUGAGCAAAAGUCGAAGAAUGGGAAAACUGGAAGUCAAGACUUUCAGUGACAAAUUGGAAGAUGCGCAAAGAAAGUUUGAUCGCAAAUCUGCAAUAAGUGACUCACUCAUUUUAAAAGCAAAGGAAGAUGUAAAUAUAAGCAUAUGUAAUGCAUCUUUCAAUUCUAGUGUCUCAGAAAAUAUGAACGUUAGUUACAUGGAAGGUAGACUUCAAUCUCUAAAUAGCGAGUUACAAAGUUUGAAAGAAGAUCAUAAUGAAUUAUCGGAUUUACAUAAAGGGAAAUCAAAUGAGAUUGACACAUCACAGAAUAGCGCUAUUACGGAUUCGACGUGUGAAGUAAAUUUCAGCAUUAAGAAAUCAUCAAGUAAAACUUGUACGAGACUGGAAAAUAUCGAAAAAACUAUGAGCUAUUUGCAAACUGAUUUGGAAAAAUUAAAGGAAAACACUGUAAGUGUCAAAACAGAUCUUGCCAAAUUCACAAAUGAAAAAGAGUCAUCUUUAUUGGAUGAAAUUAAUUCGUUAAAGACCGCUAACGAACAAUUGCUGCAGAGUAUAUCAGAAAGUGAACUUUUACGUACUGCUGCAUUGGAGAAAGCAAAUAUUCUUGAAAACAAUAUAACAGAAAUGACCAAAAAGCUGCAAAAACUUAACGUAACAUAUGAAGAAAUUGAGAAAGCAAAACUUUUUCUAGAAGUUGAAGCUGAGAGCUUGAAAGAAGAAAAGCUGAUGAAGGAACAAACAAUAAGUGAAUUACGCCAAAGCCUUUCCUGCCUUCAACAUGAAUUAGAUUUAGUGAAGAAGCAGAACGAUAAACUGAAUGAUGAUAACAACUCUUUGGACGAAGAAUAUGAGAAAAAAUUGGAAUUAUUGAAAGCAAUGAAUGAAGAAUUGAAUAAUUCGAAAACUAUUAUCUUGCAGAAUUUCGCCGAUUAUUCGAAAAAAUCAGAAAUUAGGUUGACAGAACUUGAUGAAAAAAUAAAUAAAUUCACUUCCGAAAACGAUUAUUUAAAACAGGAAUUAAUCAAGCUUCGCGACAUAGAAAAUAAAUUUGAAAAGAUGAAAACUGAGUACCAAUCUAAAUCUCAGCAAGAUAAGAUACUAGCUGAUGAAAAUAAAAACCUCAAGAACGCAUUAAACAACGUUUCCAAGAAUAUUAUUAAAGAGAUCAAGUAUCUUAAUCCAAAAAUUGAUACGGAGAAGUUUCUAGAUAAACCGACGGACGAGCUGUUCCAGACAUUUCUACAAACGAUUUUAAUGAAAGAAGAUGAGAUGGCAAAGAUUAUGCGGAACCAGUUCAAUAAGGAAAAGCAUAAACUCGAGGAUGAAAAACGACAAAGCGUGGAUGCAAUGAAACGUAUGACAUUAUGGACGAAGGAAUUAGAAAGCGAAAUAGAAAAACUUCAAGGAGAUUUGUCCGAACGAGAAACUGCAUCUAAUAAAUUGCAGAAAGAACUUGGACAUUUGGAACACCUUUUACAAGAAAAUAAUCGCGACAGGGAUGCAUUAAGAGAAAAGAUCAGUCUACUCGAGAUGGAUCUCGGUAAUUUGCAAAUUGAACUUAACAGAUAUUCCAAGAUUGAUACGGUGAAUGAAGAAGCUGUGAUUAUCGCACAAAAGCGGGAAAAACAAGCGCAAGAAAUCAUUAAGAAUAAAGAAGCUGAAUUUCAAAUAAAGUUGAAGUCGGAGAAGGAGACGUAUAAUAAACAACUGGAAGAUCUCACGUGUACGAUAGAAUCCUUGAAGACGAGAAAUAUGGAAUUAACAAAUAAUAUUGAAGGUCUGGAAGCUAAUCAGAAACAAUUAAAAAACAUCAUAGACCUAAAAACCAACGAAUUAAUGAAAAACCAUCAAAUUAUUCAAAAGAUACAAAUGGAAUUGGAGCAACUUACGGAAACUUGCAACGAUUUAAAUCUCAAGUUGGAACAAAAAACAUCACAUAUUGCAAAAAUUACGGAAUUGUUAAAAAAUAAAUGUGAUGAGUUAACGGAAUACAAAACUAAUCUCGAUAUAAUAGUGCCUGAAAAUAAGCUCUUGAAGCAACAAAUUAAUGAACGGAAAGCCAGUAUAGAACAACACAAGAUACAGAUAGAGAAACUAAAAAUGGAAAAGAAGGAAGAGAUCGACGUGAUUAAGGAUAAAUUAAACAUUGAAGAAAUGAAAAGUGUUGAAUUAAACAAUCAAAUAACUGAAUUGUAUAACAAGAAUAGUGCCUUGACAGAAAAAAUGAAUGCUUUGAAGGAUGAUUACUUGACAUUACAGCAUAAGUGUGUCAUAUUGGAGAAGAAGGUCAGAAAUAGUACUAGUAAAGUCCAAGCUGAGGAACAAAUGGAAGAAUUGAAGGACUUGAAUAAAUCUUUGCGAAAUAAUUUAGACGGUGCUAGCAAUCGAAUAACAGAGUUACAAGCUACCAAAACUGACUUGAUGAAACAGUUGGUUACUUUAAAUAGUCAGUAUAAAGUAACGUGCAAGGACAAUCAGGAAUUAAAGGAAACACUAUCAUCGUACACAUUUAAAUAUAAUGAUACCUCAAACUAUGAAAAGUAUGAUGUCUUACUACAAGAGAAGAACAAAGUUGCUUUGGAAUUAGAAGCGACAAAAGUUCAAUUGAAUCAAAAGAACCAAGAAAUCGAGAAUUAUAUUAGCAAGAUCAAGGAAUUGACAGAGAAAAAUACGGAGUUUGAUCAAGAACUAGAAGAAUUGGCGAAUGUUAUUCGCGAAUAUGAUGUUGAUAAUACAAGGCUUCAAGAUAAAUAUUACACGUGUCGUAAUGAAAUUGAAGAACUAAAAAAGAAGAUUCAAGAUCUUGAGAAAAAAAAUCAAGAUCUAUUGCAAUGUACGGAGAGGAACGUAUCGUUUGACAAAGUUGAAAAGUCUCAUGAUGGUGAAUGUAGUUAUACGGCGUUACAAAAUAAGAUACGGGAAUUGCAGUUGGAAAUUGUAUCGAAGAAUGGAAAGAUUGCGACGUUAGAACUGCAAAUACGAAGCGGAAGUUUCCCUUAUCAAAUGAAAUGUAGAGAAUUGCAGGAACUCCUAUCUGCUUACAAAAAUAAGAAUAGCGAGCUAAAGGCUGAAGUUGCACGGCUAAUGCUGCGUACUAACACGAAGGAAUGUGAUGUGUGUAAGCAGAAAUUUGUAAAUAGAAGGACUCAAGCGUGCCAAACGAUACCGAUUAACGUAUUACGAUUUUGUGGUUCAAAUAGUGGCAUAAUCGAAGACGAAGUAAAAAUAACGAAAUUGGAAAAGGAAAAACAGAUUAUGAAGAACGUUUGUCGUUCUCGAUCCAAGACCAUAAAGGAGUUGGAGCAACGAGUACAGGAGUUGGAACAGUUGAUAUCCCACUCUUGUUAAAUUAAUAAUAUAUAACCCACUAAUAUUUUAUUGCAUGUGAGUAAAGUGACAAUAAUUUUGUCUAAAAGUUUAUAAAAUGCAAAAAAUAUGAUGUAAAAUGUAAAUAAUUGCA